AUGAAGUUCCAGGAACAAUUGAAUCGCGAGACUCAGCUUCUCAGUAAGCUGCAUGUACAGCUCGCGCACACGCUUUCCAAUGUAAACACUGGAUUCACCGCCGCCGUCUACCUUCGAGGUAUCACUGGCUGCUACGUAUACCCACCAAGCGAAAAUCCUUCGUUUGGAUACGCUCUGGCGACGAUGGGUGCCCAAGUCGCUGUUAAGACCAGCACGCUCGCGACCCAAACCAUCCUGGCGUGUGUCCCGACUUGCAUGACACACAUCUCCAUCGAUCCAUGCCUGCAUAUACCCGUGGUGCGAAACUUUGAAAGUCUGGCGGCGAUCCGAGGCCUAGCAAGCGCGGCAUUAGUGGUGAGCGUCGACACGGGGCAUCCCACGAUGAGUAAGCGUCCACUGACCAAGUACCUCCAGCGCGAGGAAGCCGCCCUGGUUGUGUGGGCCGAGUCUGAGCAUUCGGUCUUCGAUACGUUCUGCGAGCUCGACCACAAGAUCCAAUCCUUCCUUCAACAGCACUGGCCGAGCGAGUUCCAUGGCUCUGAAACAGUUCCAUGGGACCCCUAUGGUUAUCUCGAACACGAUGUGCCAGGUCACACGGCAACGCUAAUUCUGGAUAGUCAAGACCUUCUUCAGGAGCAGUCGGUAUCCGCACCAGGGCUGGCAUCGCAGUUCACCGACAGUCUCGAACCAUCUUCCGAUAUACUUGAUGCAUGGCUCGCAGCAGGUCAAAUGCCCGUAACGUUGGAUGACAGCGUCAACUGGAUGAGCGGUUCGGUCCGGACUUCGACAACCCCGUCGGAGAGCGCAGAAACAUUAGUAUGGACAAACGUGAAAACGGACUCGUCGGAUCUAGCCUAUGAAGUAGCUACUCCGGUGGUCCCGUCGACGCCUCGUGGGGUGAAGCGAAAGCGCGAGAUCACGACGAUUUCGCCCUCCGACACAUUGCUGGUGCCGCCCACAGAGUUGGCGGCGGGUCUCCCAGAGGCUCAAAGCGAGUCAGACAAGGACUCGAACCACGACGAUGUCUUCGAAGAGGACGAUGCUUCCAGCAUCACUUCGGCCACGACCGUCAAUACAACCGCUACUCCUGAUCUGGACGAUGCCGCCGACUCUUUCGACGCCCGUCCUUGCAAACGCGCACGGUCUUCUGCUUCUGCUCAAUCUUGCUCUUCCCCGUGCAGACCUACAAAGGACAGCCGCCUACCGCUGCCUUCCCGCAUCCCGUGGAGCGAGAAGGGGAAGCAGAGGGAGGCGGCGCGUGGAGAUCACACCGGGUCCCAAAAAGAUUCCGAAGAGGCCAACAAGGACGACAAGGAUGACGAGAACAAUGAGGACGAUGAGGAUGGCGAGGAUGGCGAGGACGACGACGAUGACGAGGACGACGACGAUGACGAGGACGACGACGAUGAUGGGGACGACGAGGACGACGAAGAACGCGACUCAACGUACAGCAACUCUGCCUUGCGUAAGAACAAAGGCAAGCAGCGGGUACAACCCACACGAGGGGUCAAGCGAAAGGCCCAUCCUGGCGAGAGCGAGGAUGAAGACGGUGAUCGCGACACCGCCAACCCUGGUCCAUCCGCCCGUCGGCAACGCAGAGACAAGCAGCCCGAUAAGUCUCUCGUUCACGGGAUGACCACCACAACUACGGCACCGCGACGGUCAAAUCCGUGGCAGUGCACCUUGUGCGGCAAUACAAGUAAGCGCUCCGCCGACGGCAGGCGACACGUGAAGUACGUCUGUCGCAAAACACUCCAUGCGGGACCUCUCUGUGGUCUGUGUGGAGAUACGUACUCGCGACCAGACGCUCUUAUGCGCCAUGAAAGGAAGUGCAAUGGAACUCCCUCCCGAAAACGUGCACGCACAGUAGACGGCAUUGACAUCCUCCUUGACGCCCGAGAUCUUGAGAACUGGCAACUCGACAGGUACGUCGCGUUCGUGGGCGCCGAGGUCCUGCAACACGAGCCGGUGGAGGAGCCCGUAGGUGGAACGUCAGUAGAACACCAAGACCACAGCCGCAGCAAUGGUCGCAAGCGUAAAGGAGCUCCCAAAUAG